UGGCUGCUAAAUCAAGGGUGUAAACUGAAAAACGGUGACGUAUGAGGUCUCAAAAAAUUGAACGUUAGUGACAACGAUCAAUUUCCCUAGCGUGAGCCAUGGUGCGCAGCAAGGCGGCAACAGCUGCCACUGCAUCAGGAGCUGCCAAGGCAUCCAGAAACCAGCGACUUAGCAACGCCGAGCGGUCUGCUUACUUCGCGAGAAGAGAGGCUACGAAGGUCUUGCGGUGCGUCCUCCAAGGCGACGCUCAGCGCCGAGCCGUGGGCUCCAUCAAGUCGCUCGUCUAUAGCCCCUCUGUCAGGAACAAGAAGGCAACUUUCGCUUUGGUUUGUCAAACUCUGAAACAUCUCCCCAUUAUUAAAGAAGUUCUGGAGACUUCUAGCAUACUGAAUAGCAAAUGGAAGCGGCAAGAAGAAUUGGUUUAUAUAAUCACAUACGAUAUUCUUUUUGGCCAGGAUAUUUUAUUAGUUGGUGAUGCGGAGAAGUUUCUCAUGCUCCGUAAAGAUGCCAUACAGUCGUCUCUAGCUCGGCUCUUAGUGAGGAAAAAAGCUAAGUGCAUUGAAGACUUGACGGCACUUUAUCAGACACCUGAUGUAACAAAACCUCGUUAUGUUCGUGUGAAUACUCUGAAAAUGGAUGUUGAUUCUGCAGUACUCGAAUUAGGGAAGCAAUACAUGGUUCGAAAGGAUGACAUGGUUCCUGACUUGUUGAUACUCCCACCAGGUUCUGAUUUGCACAAUCAUCCUCUGGUUGUGAAUGGAAGUGUGUUCAUGCAGGGAAAGGCAAGUUCAUUGGUUGCAGCAGCCCUUGCUCCCAAACCAGGAUGGAAGGUUCUUGAUGCCUGUUCGGCUCCGGGAAACAAAACUGUCCACCUCGCUGCUCUUAUGAAAGGAAAGGGAAAAGUUAUUGCAUGUGAACUGAACAAGGAAAGGGUUAAACGAUUAGAAGAUACUGUCAUGCUCUCAGGUGCAACUAACAUUGAAGUCCUGCAUGGGGAUUUUCUAAACUUAGACCCAAAAGAUCCACCAUACUCUGAGGUCUGUGCCAUUCUUUUAGAUCCAUCCUGCUCUGGAUCGGGGACUGCAGUGGAGAGAUUAGACCACUUACUCCCAUCACAUGCUGCAGGUCAUGCCCCUGAUAUUAUUGACACUGAAAGACUGAAUAAGCUUGCAGCUUUUCAAAAGAAGGCUUUGGCACAUGCACUAUCUUUUCCAGCAGUUGAGAGAGUUGUUUACAGUACAUGCUCCAUCCACCAAACUGAAAAUGAAGAUGUUGUCAAAUCUGUUUUACCUCUUGCUACUUCCUACGGUUUUCAAUUGGCAACUCCCUUUCCACAGUGGCACCGUCGUGGCCUCCUAGUUUUUAAAGGCUCUGAACAUCUGCUCCGGACUGAUCUGGUGGAGGACAAAGAAGGCUUCUUCAUUGCUCUAUUUGAAAGGAGAGACACGGCUGAUCACUCAAAAAUGCCUAGUAAGAGCAGCCGAUGCCCUUGUGCUCACACAAGGGAUUGCGCCAACGCACAUAGGAUUGUGUACAAGAAAAAAUAUGUAACGCCUUACAUGUAUAAUAGAAUGUUCAAGAUAUGGUCUUAUGGUGGUCUGAAAUUUGGAAGAAAGAAGUCAGGAGGAGCAACAAUUAGUCUUGAAUCUGAACAUGAGAUGGUUAGUAGUUCUUGAAUCUUCAGGUACCUUGUAAAUCUGGCAAUCCACAUUUAGUUUGUAUAUUUUCGUUUUAACUGUCAUAUGUAGAUCGGUCUUGCUCUGGUCUCAUAUGAAAAUUUCUCCAUUUCGAAGUGGAUUGUUAAUUAUACAGCGCAACAGAUAAGUGGAUUGUUAAUUACACAGCGCAACAGAUUGUCAAUUUGUCAUUCUGCUACCAGAAUACGAAUCUUUAAAAUUUAAUUUUAUUCCUUACGAAAA